AAAGUACAGUGCGGCUUAAUCAUUAUUUUUACAGCUGACUUGUAUUUUGAUUUUACAUAAGAACUUAAAGUUUAUCGUUUUAUUUUAUUUCUUCAAAAUGGCAGGCAUAUCGGGUAUUCGGCAUCCCUAUCAUGGUAUAGAAAAUGUAUUCGACAUCAGCCACCUUGCCAGCAGAGAUCCUCUACUGCAGUUCACAGCCUGGUUUGAUCAGAUACGGGAAAACAAGGCUGUGGAAGAGCCCAAUGCUAUGGCAGUAGCUACAGCAACAAAAUCUGGAGUACCAUCUAUCCGCAUGGUUCUGUGCAAGGAAUUUGAUGAGAAGGGAUUCCUAUUCUUCACUAACUAUGGCAGCAAGAAGGGACACGAACUGGAUGAGAACCCAAAAUGCUCUCUGAUGUUUUACUGGGAACCUGUUAAAAGACAGGUAAGAAUAGAGGGAGUGGCAGAGAAGAUUUCUGCCGAGAAGUCCGCUGAAUACUUCUACUCACGUCCAAAGGACAGUCAGAUAGGGGCCAUUGUCAGCAAACAGAGCUCUGUGAUUCCAGACAGACAGGUGCUGGACACCCAAUUGAAGGAGUUGCAGUUGCAGUACAGUGGAAACGCUUCAGUGCCAAAACCAGACUACUGGGGAGGUUACCUAGUGCGUCCUUAUGAAUAUGAGUUUUGGCAAGGGCAGACAAACAGACUGCAUGAUAGAUUACGGUUCAGAAAACUCAAUGAUGGAGAAAGUUUUGAUGAAAAACUGAUGCAAAAAGGAGACAAUGGUUGGAUUAUAGAGAGACUUUCCUCAUAGAACUAAUCUAAGUCAUGUGAAAUGAAAAUCGAAAUAGGAAAAUAGAAAGUUAUUACAGUAUUACCAUCAUAGUUAGAUGAAUGUUGUUUGUUUGGUGGUGCAUCAUUGUUAUUGAAUGUGCUCUGAGUAUGUGAAAAAAUGUGAAGGGUGAAAGAUUCACUGCGAACAUGUAUUGUUAUAUUCAGAAUACAUAGUAGCAGAACUUCCAGUAGUGCAAUCAAGGAAGUAUCAGAAAGUUAAAAAGAAGGCUUAAUUAAAAUAUUGUCCAACAUUGUUAAAAAACCCUAAAAUAUUGAACUUGUCUUAUUAGCUGUGUAUGUAAAAAUGUGUUUCUGGUGAUGAACUGUGUAACACCUAUAGGCUCAGUAUACUUAUGGGUACGAGUUUUAUUAGGUUUCUUUAGUAAUCUUGGUAGCAUAUGAUGGUUUUUGUAAAGCCUGCUUAUGGAAAGCUCAAGUUAGCAGCGACAAUGGUGGAGCGUAUGUGUGAGCGUGGGUGUGCACAUGGGUCAGGGCUUCUCUGGACUGUAACUUCUUCAUUCAUUGUGCAAUUGUAUUGUAACUAACUACAAAUGUUCAUUAUCAUUCAUAACGAUGUGUUGUGUAAAUCACCUGUCUCCGUACCAGAAAAAUCAUGGUCACACUUUAGAGGUCAAAGGUCAAAUUUGGCCAUUAAACAGCUAUUGCAAUUUUCACUAUUUGAGACGUGUUUUGAGAAAACUGGGCAUAAUGCAUGUGCGUAAAGUGUCAUCCCAGAUUAGCCUGUGCAGUCCACACAGGCUUAUCAGGGACGACUCUUCCCGCUUUUAUGACAAUUUUCAUUUUAAUGAAGUCUCUUCUGAGCAAAAAUCAAAUUGAGGCGGAAAGUGUCGUCCCUGAUUAGCCUGUGCACACUGCACAGGCUAAUCUGGGACGACACUUUACGCACAUGCAUUAUGCCCAGUUUUCUCAGAAGACGACUCAUUUGGAGACAGAGUGUCACACCUCAAGGUUAAGUGAGGUUCAAACAGUAACUUAUAGGUCAAAUGUCCAAUUUGGGCAAAUUUGUGUAUGGACUGUUAUUGCAUCAUUUCUUAUACAAUUGAACAAAUAACCAAAAUUGUCCUCCCUGUGGAUAGGGUGUGUAAAAAUUAAGUAAAGGUUAAGGUCGCACUAAAGGUCAAACGUCAAACAUUUGCUUUGCUUGUUAAAUAAUUGUAAGCAUUAUUAACAAUAGACUCAACAUGUUUAGCAACCACAAUCAAGCUAGUGUCACAAGGACUUAUGUUGACCUAUUAGUUUGUUAAAGUUUUUGUUUAUAAUCAGAUAGUUUUGUGUGCAGUUUAAUAAUUUAAUGACACCUAUAUCUUUACAUGGGCAAAACGUUCCUUUGUGAAACAGAAACUAUAAAUAACCCUUAUUUGUCCCAAAUAAUCAUAGGUGUGUUUUCUGGGUUGCUGUCAUUGGGUUGCUGUCAUUGGGUUGCUGCAAUAAAUGGGCAUUAUCUAUUCAGAGAAUUCAAUACUCAAUACAGAUGUAAUACAGUAACUCUUUCAGUGCUGAAACCGAAUUUUGAAGGCCUUUGCAAACAGUUUGGAUCCAGAUGAGACGCCACAGAAAGCGGCAUCUCAUCAGGAUCCAUACUGUUUGCUAUUUUUUUUAGUUUUCUUCGAAAAAAAUCGAAAAAAAUGCUUAUUGUAGAAGUUCAGCAGACGACAAAUUUCCCAGCAUGCAAAGGGAGAACUGGUUGAUAUUUAUAUAAAUCAUGUUUAGGCUGUUAAGUUUUAUAGCCUCUUUAAUGAUUGAAUUUAUUUGUGAUGUAUUAUUACAUUAACAAUUAAAUAAUUGCACCAUA